AUGGGCGAUGCCAACCCCCUGAAUUGGCACCAGUCAAAAAAAAUAUUGAACCUCCUUCUGGUUGCAUUUCAUGCUUUUAUGGCCACAUUCACUGCUGCAUCCAUACAAUGCGCGUUUGUUGACAUCGCUCUAGAUCUACACACUACUGUACACCAAGCUACCUACUUAACAUCCCUUGUCAUCGCCAUCCUUGGAGGAGCACCGCUCUUAUGGAGGCCUCUAUCACAGGUCUACGGGAGGCGGCCCAUCUUCCUCCUAUCCCUUCUCUUUAGCCUUGUGGGAAAUGUUGGCUGCGCAGUUAGCCACUCAUACGGUACCAUGGCUCUUUGUCGAGCUAUCACGGGAUUCUUCAUCAGUCCUGCCGCAUCCAUCGGUAGCGGGGUUGUUUCUGAAACCUUCUUCCAGCAUGAAAGGGCCCGGUAUAUCGGGAUUUGGACUUCCAUGGUCACGAUCGGUGUCCCGCUUGCGCCUGUAAUCUUUGGGUUUGUUGCUCUUCGUGUUGGAUACCGCUGGAUAUACUGGAUUCUGGCCAUUACGAACGGUGUGCAGUUUAUCUUAUACUUCUUUUUCGGAUCUGAAACGCGGUAUAUUAGCAAGGAAAGUCCGUCAGCGAGCGAGAAAUCUUCGGCGGUGGCAAGAUGGCUUUCGUUCAAGCGUAUUGAUCCCCAGACUUUGACUCUCUUGGACUUUAUCAGCCCCUUGAAACUGGUCGUGCGGCCUUCCGUCAUCAUACCAGCGAUAGCCUACUCCAUGAUUUUCCUAUGGGGAAGCAUCAUGUUGGCCAUCGAGAUCCCACAGAUCUACCCUCAAAAGUUCAGGUUCAACACCCAGCAAGUUGGGCUGCAAAAUAUCUCGUUGCUAGUGGGCAUCAUUGUCGGAGAGCAAAUUGGGGGGAUCAUGUCUGACAAAUGGAUGUCACUGUCGACCCAGGACAAAAAGCGACACUCUCCAGAAUUUCGCCUCUGGCUCAGUCACAUUGGCUAUCUUCUUACCAUUGCGGGCAUGGUGGUUUUCUUGGUUCAGCUGGAGAAGGCCACGUCUUGGGAUAUAACCCCCUUGAUCGGUGCCGGGAUUGCUGCUGCUGGGAACCAGGUGGUCACCACUGUAUCCAUCACAUAUUCGGUUGAUUGCUACCCCCAAGAUGCAGCCGCGAUUGGCGUUUUUGUGACAUUUGUACGCCAAAUAUGGGGCUUUAUUGGGCCUUUCUGGUUUCCUGAAAUGAUUGCAGAACUUGGACUGGGAAAAAGUGCCGCGGUCUCCACUGCACUCAUUAUUGCAGUUUCGAUCCUUCCUACAAUGCUUCUCCAGUGGAUGGGUAAGACUUGGCGGAAGGGUUGA